AAGAAAAAAAAAAAAAGGGUACCGAGUAUGGCCGCCUAUACAAGAAUACAGGCAUCGUCGUUUUCCUUCUAUUCGUCAGCAACAAGGCGCAGGCACGACGUAUUCUUGAGCUUUCGAGGCGAAGACACCCGCCACAACAUAACUGAAAACCUCCACAAGGCCUUAGUCGACGCCGGCGUUCCCACGUUCAAAGACGACGUUAACCUUCAGAAGGGCAACGAGAUCGCGUCCGAUCUGCUCAAGGCCAUACAGACAUCGAGAAUCGCCAUCAUAGUGUUCUCCAACAACUACGCGAGCUCUAGCUGGUGUCUGGAUGAGUUGGUCAAGAUUGUAGAGUGCAACAGGGAAGCGGGUCAGGUCAUUUUGCCCAUUUUCUGCGAUGUGGAUCCCUGUGAUGUGCAGCAGCAGAUGGGCACUUUUUCAGAAGCACUUGCUGUGCAUGAAAGAAGUGGCAGGACCCAGGACAAGUUGGAGGCUUGGAAAGUGUCGUUGACCGAAGCGGCUAGUCAGCCUUAUGGCUUUGAUAUGCAGGAUGCUGCUACUUGGCUUCAAUCGAAGUUCAUAAAAGAAAUUGUAAAGCAUGCUAGCUCUGAGUAGAUAUCAAGACGCGCACUUGAGUGUUUCCAUCUUCCCCUCAAGAUUAGAUGCUGGUUUGAAAGCAGCAGUUUCAUUAAAGAUGUGAACAAGAUGGCAGAACAACCCAAUGGAUUAGUUGCCUUGCAAAGCGGCUCCUUUCAGAUAUUCUGGGAGUAGACAAUGUAGAAAUAUCCGGUGUUAUGGAAGGAACUGAGUUGAUUAAAGAUGUAGCUGGCAGGAAAAGAGUGCUUGUCGUUCUUGAUGAUGUGAACAAACUAGACCAAUUAAAUGCACUUGCUAGGAGCCGGGAGUGGUUUGGCUCAGGAAGCAGAAUAGUGAUAACUACUAGAGAUCCACAGCUGCUAAGUGUACUUGAAGUUGAUAAUGUAUAUGGGACGCAAGGCAUAGAUGUUAUCAAGACACAGUUUCAGCAGAACCUUCAGAUGAUUAAAGACCUAGAGGAGCCUAUUAGAAGGUCAUAUGUUCAGGCUCGUGAUAAAGAAAGGUCUCUUAUUGCUGAAAUAGAAGCAAUACGGAGAAAGAACAAUGCUCAGGCGCAAAUUAUAGCAGAGCUGCAGCAAAAUUCGAAUUCCAGUUUCCCCUUGUAUGCAUUAGACUCGGCAACAGAUGUUCUACUGGAUGGAAGAGGGCCUGAAAAUUUUGAUGGAUAUGAUGAUUACAAAAUCCUGCUCAGUUUUGUUCCUGAGAAUGAGAUGAUAAUUUGGGGUGCUAAUGUCAAUCAUGAGUUGAAGGCAACGAUGCAAUUUCUUAAUGUUAGAUUCGGGGAUUUCAAUGAUGCAGUGAGCAGUGAAUCGUCCAGGCAUUAAUUCUGCGAGGGACUAAGGAGGAACGUUUAUAAUAGAGUUCUGUAUGUAAUUCGCCACAUCUAAUGAUGCAACAGAAUAGUAUAUAUCAUUCAGGUUAGAAUCCAACAAUCUAUUACCGGAUCUGUAGCUCCUUCUGUGUUCAUUGUUGCUUUUUCUUGUAAGCCAUGAAGGCAAAUUGAUAUUGUAGAGAAAGCAUACUUUUAUCUUUCCUCAGUUCUUAUUUGCCUUGUCUGCAUAUGUUAACCAAAGUGAACUGUUCACAUUCUUCUCAAGCUUCAUUCUUGUA